AUGCGCAGCCUCUCCGCGUCAUACACGAGUCCUAGGCUCCCCUCAGCCGGCGGGACCCCUCGAGGUCCCCGGCCCAGCGACUCCAAGGGUCUCUGGCCCGUGGCACCCGCGGAUGCCUCCCCCGGCCCUGGCUGCCUCCGGAACGGCACCGCCCACAGCCAGGAGGAGCCUUCCUCGGAGGAGCAGGCCUCGGACGCGGACGGGCCGGCGAUGGACACCGAUCCGGGCGAUGAUGCCGUGGAGUCCGGCAACCCGACCCGACACUUCUGGAUAGGCAACCUGAGCACACACAUUUCGAGAGCCGUCCUGAAGACAGUUUUUGACAAGUUUGGGGUCGUGGACGAUGUGGUGACCUUCCCAGGCAGGAUGUAUGCGUUUGUCAACUUCAGGACCACGGAAGAGGCUGUAGCGGCGAUGGACACGCUGCAGGGGCUGGUGGUGAGGCUGGGGUGGAAGAGGAGGGGGGCGGAUCCCUGUGCGACGCCCAGGCUCCAGGCGCCAAGCUCUUCCUGGGGGUCUCCACUGAGCCCCGUCGCUUCCUGA